ACCCUGCAAACAAUUGUUCAGGCCACACAGCAAGCACGAUGCGCGCUACACUCUAGUGACAACUUCUUCACGGUAGCUUCGCAGGGCAUGCUGGGCGCAAUUAUCGGUGUCGGUUGGCAUUGGACAUACGUCGAGUUUGACAUGGAAACCAUAGGGACCAGUGAUUCCGAGGGGUCGGACGCAGCUUACGAGUCAGAAUCCGCAAAGGCAAGGCGGAAGGCACUCCAGGUGGUAACCCCACCUUUCAUGUAUAACUAUGGAACGAGCAAGCCGGUCCUCUUGCGCUGGCUUGAUAAAUGGAGAUGUCUUCAUGCAGGACAAGGGUGCGAUACUUUCAUUGCGCGCCAUUGGAUGCUGUUUCUCAUUUCCAAUCAGAC